GGGUAAGAGGUUUUUUUUUGUAAUCGAUAGUGUCAUAUGUAGCGGCGAAAAUAUAAUUUCAAAAGGAGCUGUUUUGCGUGUGUAUGCGUCAAGAAUUCAGCAUGAGUUCAGUUGUCUUUUGCAAGGUGCAGUUAUUUUUUGUUUCUAGUACUUGCUUGACAGUGGAAUAAGAAAUGUUGCAUUUCAGUCGAUUCAGUUAGUUCCCUCAUGAGAAUUUCAGUGUUUCUAAUACAGGAUCUGCGAGAAUGAUCGUCGCUUGAUAAAGUGGAAAGGAUGGCGAGUCCUAACGUCCCGCCAUGAGUGAGCUUCAGGCCACGGUGGAGUUCUCAGUAGAGCUCUACAAGUUCUACAAUGUGGAUCUUUUCCAGAGAGGUUUCUACCAGAUCAGAACAGCAUUGCGGGUUUCACCAAAAUUACCAGUCAAAGUAGAAGUAAAUCUUCCACGAAACCAACGAAGUGAACUGGUGUUCCCAGCAUGUGUGGUCAAUGGAGCAGGAGUGAGCAAGACCUUCCAGAUCUUGUACCGCAAUGAAGAAGUGCUGUUGGAUGAUGUCAUCAUGUUUCGUGCUCACAUCCUUGUUGACAGUCAUAAGAUAGAAGAGACAUUGGAGAGGGCUGAUUUCACUCUUACAGUAGAACUGUGGUUUACUGAUCAGACAUUUGGACCAGAUCAGCACAGCUCAAUUGCAUGUGUGUCAAGUCGCACACUCAAUCUGCGCUUUUCGCCUACCAGGGGACUCCAUUACCAUUUACCUGUACUGUUUGACUACUUCCACCUAGCUGCCAUCACCAUGACAAUACAUGCAAGCCUUGUUGCACUCCACCAACCAUAUAUCAACACCCCCCGUAGUGCAAAGCCUUGGCUAGGAGCUUCACAGAAACUGAACUUCAGGCAGCCUCAAUCUACAAUGGAAACUGUGUUUUUUGGAAGCCUGAACAGCACCAAGUGUGUGAGUUCUGGUUCACGACUAGCACAUGCACGCCAUGUGCACCAGGAGGUCUGCAGUAUUCUGUUGGCAUCAUACGAGACCUUGCAGGCUCGGCUGCACGAGUAUAUGAAACUCCUCCCCUCGUGGCAACAACUCACGCUUGAGACUGCAGACUGCUUUGAAAGGUUCAACAAUCUCAGCGAUCUAGCUAAGCUAGUAGAAGUGGAAGAAGAAUUUGUGGCCUUAGCAAACAGUGACAUAGCACAGCUCUGUGCUGAGAAUAUUCUGCUGUGGCAACAGUUUCUUGAAGCUUUCACCUGCAAAGAUCCUGUCCAUCAACACCUGGCAAGACACCAUCACCAUUUAAGGGUGAAGAGAUUUGCAGAGGCAUUCUUUGUUUUGGAUAAUCCACGUCAGUCUGCUGCAGGAUGCUACGAUGCAAACUAUCAGAGCUACCUUGCUGUGUCAGAGAUGGUGAGGCGCUCUCGCUAUCUAGCAUCACUACCUCCACUGCCAGUGCAGUGCAAUGAGCUGGAUGGUGACAUUAACACACUGCCAAUAAUUUUUGAGGACCAGUACCAGGACAUGGCAGAGUUUGCCAGGAGACGUUCAGUUGCAGGUCGCAAAGCUGGAAGUGACCCAUUCCUGAGUGGUGCUGCUGAUGUGAAACCUGAUCCUAUUUGCCCUCCUCUACAACAACAGGAAGACUGUAGCUGCGGUAUAGUCGCAAUUCUGGAAUCACGAUCACAGAAGGUUUUACCCCCCACAUCACAGCAGCCUACAGUGCAGCACACACCUUCUCAGAAGCCAACUACACCUUUAGUACCUCGUUCUCUGGGUCUGCUAGGUGUUAGUGAGCAGCAGCUAGCUUGUGAUGUCCUGAAGGCCACUCUAACACUGGGACCACACAGGGGUCGGCAGAUGCCGACCUCUGUAGCAACUUCUGGGGGAACACUUCCAUCACACCGUGGGGCGUCUGACAGUGAAGGGCUGCCCGGUACCAGAGCAGCUUUGCCGACACGACACAGCAAGUCGUUGGACCAACUGAAGACAACUGGUACAACAACAGUGCCUCAACCCGUGGUAUCUGUAUGCCCCAUUCCGUCACAACCGAAACUGGUGCCAAAUGCCGCAACACGGCGAGUGGCAGUCGGAAGGUGGACAGCCGCUGACACAUCUACUGCACUGCCGACCACUUCUUCAUCUGCUCCCAAUCCUUCUCUGGGUGUUCCUCACAUUCUCGGUGUAACACGGUCCUCGUCCACACAGAUACGGCGCGAGAGAAGUGUCGACUGCUUGGAGUUACCGGCGGUAGGUGCGGGGCGAUCUACUGCACCGACUGUCCCUCCUCCGAUGCCUGCGACAUUGCCACUCCCUCCGGGCCACGGUCUUAAAGAAAAACUGAAAAAUAAUCUCCGCUUAGAACUUAAAGUGGCUGACACAGAAGUGGUUGGUACUUCUCCCUCCACAGAGUCUGGUGAUUCGGUUGCCAACAGUGCGUUUAAGAGGUUGGAGCAGAGUGCAAGCGUGCCUUUUAAUCUCAGUGAAACCACAGACCUAACAAUGAAGCAGUCGAGAAGUACGCCGUCAGUUCCGAGUGUCGCAGUGUCGCAACGUGAUCAGAGGAUUCCUGAUGACAUCGAGCCUCUGCGGUUCACGGCCAGUACCGGUGGCUCGAUGCCCGAUUUAGCGGGACCCCUUCCACCGACGAUAUCUCCUCCGAAAGACACCCCGUCGGAAUCGGAGAAGUUGUCACGGACUCCUGCAGGACCUACAGAGCUCAGCAAGAUAGAAGUGGGAUUGUACAGUUCAGCAGAUCCGGCCUUGAUUUCUGUAGAGUCGAGUUUAGUCGAGCCAGUUCCAGCAAGUGUGAGACCGAAACCUCGUUCCCCGGGAAAAUCACCUUUGUGCCCUUCUCUGUCCUCACCUCCCUCCUCUUCUCUUUCUGACAUAACAUCUGAACAGAGUGGAUGGGUGUCUAACUCUAGUGGAAGAACAUCUGGUGAUACUUCCAGUGGUCAGUUGAGUCCAGAAGGAAGUGAUUUUGUUCCUAAAAUUUGUAUAGAACGUCGUUUGUCUAGCAAGCAACAUCGAGUAGUGAACGGUGAUCAGCUGCGUGCCAGAUUGCAGGAGCUGGCAGAGCCUUUAGAUUCCAAACCGCCCUCAGUGGAACAUCCUUACGAAGAGCUCAGAUUGCCUCCACCAAAACAGUUCCGGGAUGAUCCUCCUCCACCAGAACCUUUCAGAGAUCCUCCGCCUCCUCCUCCUCCACGACCUGUUCCCUCUAUUACGAGGAUCAAGCCAAAGACCUCACCCCCACUGCCAAUUGACAAUCUUCUGUAUCAUGUGUAUGAAAGUGUGAAAGAAGUUGAAAAGAAAUCCUUAGAACCAAAUGUGCGGAUUUUGAGUGAAAAAGAAACUAAGAAAGACAAAUUAGUGAAAGAGAGAGAGAUACAGUCCCAAGCUCAAAGUGCAUCCUCAAAAGUAGAACCAAUAGCAAGCAAAAAAACACCGUCUCCAAAGGCGCCAGCUGUCGAUCAGCCAUGUUCCUGCCCAGUGCCUUCAUCACUUCCCGGUCCACUGCCGGCACCGGCACCGACACCGACGCAAACUCCAGCACCUCAGCUGCCUCAAGCACCAGCAGCUCUGUUGGCUCCAGCACCCCUACCAUCCUCUGACAGGACGUGCGAGUGCUACUCCAAGGACGGGGAGGAACGCUUAAGGCAGAAGUUGGUCUCUUCCAUCGCAGAUGAAGAACUGAGCUUCAUCAAAUUCAAAGAAGAUUUUAAAAGACAGAUGAACUUCACAGGGAUGAUUUACAGUGACUUUCCAACUCUGGCCUCCACUUUGCCUUAUUUUCACAUCAGUGAUGAAUAUAGAAUAUUUUCUCCAGAAGGCUUACAUUUGAUAGUCUGUGUUCAUGGCUUGGAUGGGAACUCAGCUGACUUGAGGCUUGUGAAAACGUAUCUUGAAUUGGGAUUACCAGGUGCCAAUCUUGAAUUCCUUAUGUCGGAGAGAAACCAGGGUGAUACAUUCUCCGAUUUUGAUACGCUGACGGACAAGUUGGUCGCAGAGAUCCUGUAUCAUGUGGAGGCCUGUGGACUUAAUCCGGCAAAGAUAAGCUUCAUUGGCCAUUCACUGGGGAACAUCAUUAUACGAUCAGCAAUCACACGCCCUCAGAUGAAGCACCUGCUGCCUCGUCUGCACACGUUUCUUUCAUUGUCAGGGCCUCAUCUUGGCACGCUGUACAAUAACAGCGGCCUUGUCAACAUGGGAAUGUGGUUUAUGCAGAAAUGGAAGAAAUCUGGUUCACUGUUGCAACUUGCAUUACGUGAUGCUGCUGAUGUGCGUCAAACUUUCCUGUACCGCUUAAGUCAACGCUCAAACCUACACCACUUCCGAAAUAUUUUACUGUGUGGAUCUUCGCAAGAUAGAUACGUUCCUUUGCAUUCGGCUCGAAUAGAACUUUGCAAGGCUGCUGUUAAGGAUACAUCAGUUCAAGGUGCUGCUUACAGGGAGAUGGUGCACAACAUCCUAUACCCCAUUAUCAGCAAACCAGAAGUAACUUUUGUUCGCUAUGAUGUACACCACGCGCUGCCAAAUACGGCUAAUUCUCUUAUUGGCAGAGCUGCUCAUAUUGCUGUGUUAGAUUCUGAACUUUUUAUUGAAAAGUUCCUUGUGGUGACAGGCCUCAAGUAUUUCAGAUGAGCUUAACAAUUUAUAUGUGAAAGAAACUGCAUUUAUAUGCAGAAAUGUAUAAAGAGCCGAUUAUCAACAUUCCUUUUUGUGUGUAUAACAAUCAUUGCCACUGGGGAGGGAAACUUUUAUCGAGCUUAGAGGCAAAUGAGAAUUUGCUACUGGUACUGGAAUUUUCUUUAAAAUGUUUCAGUGUUCCUUCCCACAAUUGUUUUUAUAAACCAGUCUGGAAAUGGACUAAUAAUGGCAGCUGUAAUAUUGAUUGUGUGAUCUUGCCUACUGCUCUGACUGCCAGCAGCAAUUUCUAUGCCUCAUACAAGUAAUUAAAUCACAGUUUGAUCUGUACUAUAUUAAUCUGCCAUGUUGUGUUUCAAAACAUGAAGGAACUAAUUGUGAACAAGCACCAGCAUUCUGGUAGGACUUUUAAUAAAAUACUUGAAAAGAAAAAAAAAUAUAAUUACAAAGUAGCUAUUGGGCAGAAAGCAAAUUUUGAUUUCAACUUGAGUUGUUAUACAUUAAGCGGUGCACAUGCAACUGUGCCCAAAACAAUUGUAAUAUGGCUUGUGUUUGUAUUUUAUCUAACCAAUCGGGUAACAUGUGAUAGGCUGUUGAAUCCACGGGGAUUUCAAAUCGGCAUUAAAAAUCUUCAUUGAUAUUCAUAAUAUUACUUCUGGAACAAUUGUGUUCAUGUUUUGCUGUGGUGCCACAAAUAACUGGGAAAAAAGGAAAGGACAUACACCAAAAUUUUAAGAUAUAUAAAGCUUUCAAAGAGUAGACUGUGUUGUACACUAAUAAUCUUUUGCAAAUUGUUGUUAGAAGUUCUGGAUGGUUUGUAAAAUUAUAACAUGUGUGGUAACAUAAACUUUUACAAAGUAUGUUGUAAUAUUCGUUGCUGAGCAUAUUAGGUGACACAUUCAUGUUUAUUCUUGUUCUUACGACUUUAUUUUCCCUCCCCAUAAUGAAGUUCAAACGAUGUCAAUUUGUUUGCUCAUGUUUUUCAGUCCCUAUGAGAUCUGAAACCUAAAUUGUAUAGUAACAGUUCUCAGUUUUUAACUGAUGUUCACACCAAGUGCUAGUAAUAUAAGAGUAUACUUCGUCGAUUGUCGUAUUUGUCUACUUUACCUACACAUGUUGAUUCUUAUUUCUACUGUACAUUUAUAUACAGUGUGGUUAGAUGAUGUUGAUAAAAAUUUUAAAAGGAAAUUAAAAAAAAAAGGGCUGUUCUGUAUGAUUCAUGAAGAGUCCCUCCAAAUAUUAGCUGUUGGUUUAUUGCUCACAGUGUGUCAACAUAUAGGUACAUUAAUUACUGGUGAUCUGUAAACAGUGUAUUUCAUGAAAGUAGAUAUCAGGUUUGAAUUAAAAGUGACUCAUCAGUUUAUGAUAAAUAAAAUAUGUAUUAAAAUGUUCAUUUAGCGAGUGUAAUGUAACCUGUGCAUGUUGAUUCUCCCAGGUUUAUUUCAUCUGAUAAUGCAGAUUUAAAAUAUAAAUGUCACUGAACAGUCAUGAUUUUGUGUUUCAGACAAACAGUUAGUGAAAUCUGAAAUUGCAGUGUGAUUAUUUUUAAUGAAAUUCAUUAUUUCCAUGAUGUAUUGGAACAAGUGGCAUGUGACAGGUAAAACAUGACCUUUUUCCAUUGUCUUCCAUGGUCUUAGCAAUUCAAGUCUUCCUAUCUCCAAACUUUGCUAACCAUUGAUUGCAUCAGAAGUAACAGAAAAAAUCCUCCAGUCUAUUUUUUCUCAAACACUUACAUUGCGCAUCUCUUAGUGCUUUGGUUUAUCUUACAUUAUUAAAACUGCAUUUCUGUAAAACUGCAUAUAAAAAAAUGUAGAUAACAAAUAACAAAAAUUAUGGCUGUAAGCACACUGUGAGAGUAUAUUGAAUGUGUGCAAAUGAACAAACACCCUUAUCCACCAUAAGCACACAGAAACAAAUUACGUUGUUCGUUUAUCUUCUUUCUGCAUGCCUUAGGAUCACAGUUGGAAAACUUGUACCUCCUUCUUUUCUGUAUUUCAUCUCCAUAUGAUCAGUGACUCCACACUUUCUCCAUCCCAUUAGCAUCCUUAAUUUAGCAUCUUAAAAAAUGUCAGACUGUCAGAUUUUGUUAACAUUUUAGCUGGCUUUAAUAACUGGGUGAAAUUAGAGAGUGUUAGUUGUCAUAAAACUUAUUAAAACCCCAUAACUGAAAUCAUCUUUAGAAAACUAAACUUGAGAUUUUGACAAAGGAGGAGCAGCAGUUUAGCAAACAUUUUACUCCAUUAUGUACAAUGUAAAGACUGCUGUGAUUGUUUCCCUUAACCUGUUGAAGCAUCAGAAUUGUAUUUUGAUAUAAAUAAGAGCACAGAUGUCUCAAUGGAUAUCUGUUGUUUUUGUAUCAAAUUAAAAAAAGAAAGCUUGCAUACUAAGAGUAUUGGUAUCCCUGAUCAUGAGAGCAACAACUUAGGAAUUUUAAUCCUUCACUUUGAUUACUCCAAGGGUACAGGCUACAUCACAGAAAAUGGAAGCUUCAAAACACAUUUCCAGCAGAUUCUAAAUCAAUGUCAUAUGCUUUAACUAAUUGUUUCAGUAUUAGUGGCUCCUCAACAGUU